UUUCAUAACCCUAGUGAUAGUUUGGUAAAGAUACUGCAUCAUUAAUCGGAAAAAAAAAAUACCUAUGAGAACAUAACUAAAUUGUGGGCUUUGAAAAUAGUUUUAGUAAGAGCGCAAUAGACUUCGGCGCUAAGAUCAAGUGGCAAAGCACCGCCACAUCGCAUCGUGUACGUGUUGCUGGAGGCUUGAGUGUUGUUUGCUGCAGUGUACAUAAGCAUGUGAGCCUGACAGUGGAGGCUGACGGCAUUUCUGUAUAUAAGAUGAAAGAAAGAAUCAGCAACGACUUGUCUUAUGUAAAAGCAGGAUACAGAAGUGACAAGUGGAAGUGGGUCCUUAGCUUAUCACAAAGCAAGAGCUUAGUUCAGAAUGCUGCUGUGGGUGAACCUGAUUCAUGUGAAGUAGAUGAGCCUGCAGCAGCAGCAGCAGCAGCAGUAGCAACAGAAGCAACAGAAGCAACAACAGCAGAAGCAGCAAUAGCAACAGAAACAACAACAGUAGAAGCAGUAGUAGCAAAAGAAACAACAGUAACAGCAAAAGAAACAACAGCAGAAACAGUAGGAGCAGCAAAAGAAACAGCAGCAGCAGCACCAGUAGCUGGAGAAGCAGGUAAAACCAAGCCAGAGAAAGAUGCUCUCCAGUCGGAAGUCAGCACGGACAAAACAAUACAGAAGAAUUUCGCCACACAAAACCAUGCCACGCUUCCUCAAGCCAUCUCGGAAGAACUGCUGACUAAAGAGCAAAUAUUGAAGACAUAUGGAGUGGAUAAAUGGCCUAAACAACUCCCAUGCCAAAAGAAGUGUUCUAGCAAUCCUUGGUGCCUUGCUGAUCUUAAAGCUGGGACUGGGAAAGAGAAAGUCCGUCCCACUGAUCAACCCAGAGACCCUACGACACCUGUCGGUCUUCAGAAUACAGCAAAUACGUGUUGGAUCAACUCAGCGCUCCAAGCUCUUUUCCAUUUGCCGAAGUUCAGAAAUGUCAUUAAUUCAGUGGGAGGAUUUGCCGGAGAGGAGAGCCUGACCUGCAUGUUGUAUCUUUUGCAAGCAAUGUUUGUGGAGAUGGAAACUCAUGGCAAUAGGGCUGUAGCAUGCAGUCCUGGAAGUGUUUUUGAAAAGAUGGGCUUGUAUGCUACCCAAGAAAUCAUGUGCAAGGAUGUUGAUCACGAAGUUCUGAAGUGUGUAUCUGAAUUUCUGGAAAACACCAUUGACACACUUGUGGCUGAUCCGAGGGUUGGGCCACAGCUGCGUCCUCUCUUCAGCACAUCACUUACAAGAAUAGCGAGAUGGAAAUGCCCUGCUUGUGAGAGAGAACAUGAAAACCAGUUAGCACCAGCCACUUCAUACACCAUGGCAGCCUAUGUGAGUGGUGAUGAGUGUCCCCUUGAUCAGUGUCUGGUGGACCUGCAGACUGAAACACAGACUGGUGUCUCCCUGGUGUGUGGCUCUGAGGAUUGGGGAGUUGGAGGGUGUGGAGCCAGGGUGAAGGCAGACCGAAUAGUGACACCCAAGAUACAGACAUUGCCAGCCAUUCUAGUCAUCAGAAAUAACAGCCUCAUGGACCGUGAACUGAAGCGACGCCUCCAUGUGGUGUACCCUGAGACACUUGACCUCACCUCUCACACACAGAACCAUGUAGCAGCCACUUAUUCCCUUUCUGCUGUCAUUUUUCACCAUGGGCAUUGGGUCAAACACUUUUCAGCUCAUGUGAAAACUGGUGACAAGUGGUACAACUUUAAUGACGAGCAGGUUUCCCAGUUAACAAAUCGAUCUUCAACUGGAAAUCCAUCAGAAAGCCAUCGCAACUAUUUCAGUGUUGCAAAUGUGGCACAGAAGUACAAGCAUCGACCAGGACUUAGAGUUUCACGAGGAGCCUUUGUGUGGAUAUAUGUAAACACUCAGUCUCAGGCAGCAGAAUCAAUGGCUGUGCCUCCGUCAGAGUCUGUGGUUGAAUACGUCUUGGUGAAGCAAAAUGAAAGUGUGAAUGUUAGUCACCAGCACCAAGCAGAAAUGAGGAAGGAGAAGGAAGCUUUGCUGUCUCAGUGUGCUGUUACAGACACAUCAGAAAGCUACACAUUAAUCUCUGAGCCUCUCUUAAGUGCCUGGUACAAUGAUGACAGCCUGAAGUAUACGCCUCAACCUUCAGUUCUUGCUCAAGCUCUCUGUGAACACAAACUCUACAGCCCACUUAAAUAUAAUCUGUUGAAAUGUAUUAGAACCAAUGCUGUCAAGGAACUGCUUAAUCAUCCAUUUGGAAUUCAUGAAGAUGAUGCAUUGCUGAAAUUGGGGUUGCCGAUCACCUUACCUUCUGAGAGUGGUUUCUGUAAAGUGUGUGUGACUAAGUAUGUUAACCACAUACUCUUUAUAGAGAGAGUCAAGGCUCUCCACAAGCAAGCAAAGAAGGAGUCUCGCAGGGACUGUGAUGGGCCAGUAACAGUUAUUGGAACAGAAACCUUGGAGUUCUGGCCAAGGUUAGCUCUAAGUGCCUAUGUAAAAGAACAUGGAAUUGACCUGGAAGAUGGUGGAGAGACAGAAAAUGGGACUGAUACAUGUAAGAAAAGUGAGGAGAGUAAUAAGCUUGAAGCUCAAAUUGCCAGUAGUGAUAAUAAAGUGAACAGGACUUCAGACAGUAGUGAUGUGUGUGAAAAAAAUGAUGUCCAAACAGAGAAGGGUAUGAAUGUCUGUGAUACUACAAGUAUAGUGCCUGAUACAGAGUGCAAAAGUGCCUGUGAAAGUCAAAUGGAAGAAGUUGAAAGUUCAGAGAAAACAGCCUCUAACAGUAAAGACAAGGAAACCAAGGAGGGCAGUAGGGAGUUGAUGUUGUUUAAUGAGGACAUUGUGUGUGAGCACAACUUACGCUCUCCCACCGCUGCAUCCUGUAACCUCCCACAGGACUUGGCUGAAGAAAUCAUGGGUCUCUGCAGUGAAUCUAUACACCCUGCCAUAUACCAAAAAGAUUUUGACACCUGUCUGCAGUGUGGAGCUGUGUUGGAGGAAUCAGUGCGAAACUGUGAAAGUGGUCGGCAGCAGAAAAAGCAAUUAACUAACCUCUUCUUGGAAAGGAGAAGGCCACAUCCUGCUCGUGACCCAGGGAAAAGCAUAUACCUUAUAUCGAGAGGAUUUUACCAUCUUUGGAAAAGUUAUGUCAGGUCCUGUGAACGUGGAGACUUGGUAGUAAGCCCUCCCAAGCAUCUUGAGAAUGCCUCCCUUUUGUGCUCCCAUGGCCACCUGCUGUUUCCAGUCAUGGCGCUUGAACCUCAUGAACUGUCUGAACACCUGGUGCUGGUGUGGGAGGAGGAGUGGGCCACGCUGAAGGAGCUUUACCGGCCGGACCACAUCGUCACCGCCUUCUACAAUGACGCCGGCUGCCUCAUGACGGACCCUGUGGUGUGUGAGAGUGGGUGUGUGGAGCUGCGCCUGGCCAAGGACUACGAGGAGCAGUUUUCCUACGAGCACGAGAUCAUCCACGUGCGGCAGGUGAACUCCGUCACCGACCAUUCCCCGCAGACUGAGCGGCAGGACGCGGGGCCCCUCGCAAUGUCGGAGCCUCCACUGCACUAAACAACGAGAGCUUGGGGCCUCGUAAAAAGCCUCGCCUGGCGUCAGCUUCGGGGGGAUCGGGUGGCAUGGCGUCCAGCAGUCAGCGGCUAGUUCGCGCCUCUCGCACCUUCUCCUCCACCGACACCAUCCGCGAGGUGCAAAACUUU